GUUGCAAUCCCUCGCGCCGGGCCACCGAGGUCCGUCAUGAAAGCCGGACCAGGCCUUUAAUUCGAAACGAAACGAAACUCCUCCCCAAAGGCGAGCGAGGGUGCGGUCCCUUUAAGAGCAAAUCUCCCAAGUUCCGGGGUGACGCAGGUUGCUGGGCGACGACGGCGGAGCGUGGCCAAUCGGGAGGCGUUCGGAAGCUUGGCUUUGCUACAUAGUAGCCAACGGACGCGGGAGUGAAUGAACUCUCAAGGCGUCGUCAGCUCAGCUCCCGCAGCGCAGCCGUCCGUGGUGCCCGAGAUGGACCUUCAGCAGCUCCGCCACUUAAACCAGGAUCUCCUGCGAAGGUUGAAAGCCAAUCAAGAAGAAUUCAGGAAGCACCUUCCCUUCGUGCUGGCCUCCACGUCGGGGGACCCCGAGCGCAAGCAGGGGCUCGGUUCCAGGAACGGGAUCCAGCCGGAGUUUCAUCCAGACGUGGAGGGGGCCACCCUGAACGUUUCGGAGGAAGGGAAUUCCCAACUGGGCCUGGACUCUCAGGGCACCAGGAGGCAGAGCGAGAGACGGAAAGAGGGGUGCUCCCCGAGCUGGGGGCUGCCCUGUUCCCCCUGCACGGCCGUCGUGCCGUUUGGCGAGGCUGCCAAUGCGAACGGUGAAACAGCCAAGGAAGAGGGCCCCCCAAAGUCAGCCCCUGCUGCCUGCCCCGAGGCGAAGGAGGGAACGGGCCCCCGAGAGGAGCUGACCCAAAGCCCAGCAGGAGGGGAGAGGAGGCAGGGGACCUCAGCUCGGAUGCCGCAGACCCCCAAGUCCAUUUUGCUUACGCCGGGGAGCAAGCAUGGCAGGGCAAGGAGGAAGAAGGAAGCUGGGCAUGUGACGUUUGUCUCCGACACGGAGGAGUAUUUGAUCCCAGAGGACAGCAUGUCAGCGCAGCCUUUCCUGGGCUACGACUGGAUCGCAGGGCUGCUGGAGACGGAUGCGUCCCUGUCUGAAAAACCCGAGGAAUAUUUUGCAGAGCUGCAAAACUUCCGCCAGGUGAACAAGGAGGCUUGCAUCCGCGACCACGACUUCGAGCUGAAGGACGUGAAUUCUUCGGCCCUGGAUCGGGAGAUGGAAAUAGACGCAGCCUCCCACCAAUGUGUCUUCUGCUAUCGGUUGAAUAAACGCCUUUUUACGGUGCCAACGGAUCCAGAAUCAGCCUGCCCCGUUUGCAAAACCCCUCGAGCCGAAAAACCUCCUGAAACCCUGGUGGAGCCAGCUUUUAUCAGAGUCAGCUUCCCAAGAGCUACCUUCCUCCCCACGUAUAAACACAAAAUCCAUCGACGGAAAAGCUACGAAAUGGAGGACAAUUUGGCCCUGCCCUCGCACUGCCUUGCUGGUUGGGAGAACCCCAUCCGAGUGUCCACCCCCAUCGUCAGCAGCCUAGAUCUACAUUCAUCUCUGGAUUCUCAGUGUCCAUAUCAGACUUCUGUCUCUCGGGUGGCAGGCGGGACAAGGACGGACGAACUGCUUGACCGCUCUCGAGUGGUGGAAUUCGAACUCAGCAGCGCCCCUCGGAAGCAGGCUCACCAAAAGCCGCCACGCCACAAAGCCAUUUUCCAUUAAAACCACAUCCAAUUUGUGCCGAUGGUGCUGCCUCUUUUUGCUCAGAACAGCUGAGUUUUUAUGUGAGUGCCCCACAGUCAGUGGUAGGCUUUGUAAAUUGUUUAGUUCAGGAAUAGCAGGGCGAGUCAUUUAUUUGGAUUUUUUUUUUUAAAAAAAAAAAUCUACCUUUUAUUUAUUUUUUAAUUGUCUUUUAGUCCAUGUGGCUUAUGAAAACACACAUCCAUGAACACCUCUGCGGGGGAGAAAAACAACAGAUUAAAAACCGUACGCCUGUUUGAUGGAGGGGAAGGUUGACAUGUGCUGCAUGCCUUUUUUUUUUUAGAAAAUUAAAACUGAACUAUUUUUAAAAAUACCUCUUUUUUUAAAAAAAGAAUAAAUAUUAUUUUAAAGGCUGUGUCUUGAGAAGCGGUAAGCAUCUUCCUGGAAGGUAUAUCAACGCAGAGAACCAGAUUAUAAAAAUGUAUUAAAAAAAUCAGGAAAGAACUAAUAUGGGUAUUUAAUGUCUUGGAAAAGAAUAAAACCUUUUUUGGACUCAGAGAUAACUCAUUUGUGGAAUCAGCGCCCACAAAUAAACCGCUUUUGAUAACCGCCCAGGACAGAGGGUUCCAAAGAUGCUCUGGCUGUUUGCAGUUGUUGAUUGGCUCCUUCCUUGUUGCCACGGUGAUGCAUACACAGCAUCCUUUCCUCUGUGGUCCAGAAUCGGACAUCGUUGGCUGAGACAAAAUGAAGAUACUGACUUUUUUCGGUUCAUUUUUCUGGCCUCUCCAAUAUGUCAGAGGUGCUAGCCUCGCACCAGCUGUUGGUAAAGGAUCACAGUGUAUUUAUAGCUUCCAUUCUAAUUAUUAUUUCUACCUUGGGGAAGUCCAGGGGUGCCCCCUCAGUGUUUUGCAACUCACUUUUCCAGAGGAGAGAGUGUGGUGAUGCUUCUAGCCUUUGGCGCUCUUUCUGUAGACGAGCAUUUCUUUCUGUUCGUUCCCAGGGCCUGCCAGAACGCUGUCAUGCUGUUUCCCAUGUGAUAACUGAAUAACAGAAUUGGAAGGGACCUUGAAGGUCUUCUAGUCCAGCCCCCUGCUCAAGC